AUGACUCGGGAUCCUUUUCUUGGGACCAUAUUGAAGGAAAUAUCUACUUCAAAACUCUGGGUGAUAGUCACUUUUGCUAUUGGAGCCGUUUCGUUUUAUAUUCUAUUAAAGAAACGUAAAAGACAACAAGCACCCCCACGAAGGAGAGAAGAUUCUUAUACCACAAAAAUAAAUUCAUCUUCGGUAUGGAAUAGAAUUCAUCAAGACCUAAAAGGUAACGGUGUAUGUAUUUCCUGGGAGGUUCUUACUGAUAAUGGUGAGUGGAGGGAGGAUGGGAAAAGGGCCCUAGAAACACUUGCCACCCAUAUGGAUGUUUAUUUAAUGUGUCAAAUCAAAAGCGAAGAGGAAAAGAAAAAAAUUCUUUUAAUGGUAGCAGAUAUUAAUGGACUUGUACGACACAAAAUUCUCUUCUGUCAGACCGGAAAAGGAUAUGAGGCAUUUUGUCGACAAAUUAAACCGGGUUUGGUGAUUUUGCACGAUGAACCACUAGCUUCGUUUUUGAGCACUGUUCUUCCCGAUGUUGUGCUUGUGGGGGGAACCUCUCCAAAAACUACCGUUACCUCCCUAUCUACUGUUCGCGAAUUAUUAUCAUAA